AUGGUUUGGAAUGCUAUAAGAGAAAGAGGUCAAAUUGUCGAUUGGGCUGCUCUCGUUUGGUCUUCAAAGGUUAUUCUGAUGCAUUGUUUCAUCCUUUGGUUGGCUUUCCGUGGUAGACUUAGUACCCAUGAUCGUAUUCUUGCUUAUAUGGAUAUUCCGGUCACCAAUUGUAUUCUUUGUAGUGGGUUUACGGAGUCCAUUGAUCAUCUUUUGGGUGACUGUUUUUUUGCUAAGUCUAUUUGGAAUCUUUUCACUUUAGCCAUGGGAAUUAUGAGCUUGCCGGGGUCUUGGGAGGAUAUAAAAGUUUCUGCCCAUGUCUUAUCUAAAGGUAGUAAAUUUCAUGCUAACGUCUUUAAGUGUGGGUUUGCUGCCAUUGUUUAUCAUCUGUGGACCGAGAGAAAUGCUAGAGUCUUUGGUAGAGUUCGUCGAAACGUUGAUCAUGUGUGGAGCAACAUUGUAUUUGAUUGUGGUGCGCUAAUUAGAACGUGGAGGCGGGUUCCUAAAGGCGAGCGGGAAUGGGUCCUUUGUCGCGAAUGGAAAGUCAAUUAUGAUGAAGUCACAUCUUUUAAAUGUUUUAAGGCUAGCUAG